AUGAUUAGCAAGAUCACUGAAGAUUUCCAUGUCGCCAUCGUUGGAGCCGGCAUUGGAGGCCUGGCUCUGGCUAUGAGCCUUCACAAAAAAGGUGUUGCAUUUACCCUCUACGAAGGUGCGAAGGAGUUCUCGGUCGUAGGGGCGGGCAUUGGCUUCGCUCCAAAUGGAAUGAGGACCAUGGAUCUUAUCGAGCCAGAGUUUCGUCCUCUUUAUGAGAAGAUCUGCAUCGGAAACAAAGGAGAAGACAAGCAAGACAUAUUCUUCGAGGGGAUGCUUCUUGAAGAAGGUCUUGGUCAGGACCAGCCAUGGUUCGGAAAGUCUGCUUGGGGCCAUCCUGACUUCGAUCGCAAAUCCGCACACAGGAAAGCACUACUGGAGAUCAUGACCAGUUUUAUUCCCAUUGAGAACGUCAAGUUCAACAAGUAUCUCGAAUCAAUCGAGCAACAUCCAGACAAAGUCGUCCUCAAAUUCACUGACGGCGAAGUUGCUGAAGCCAGUGUGCUUGCCGGAGCCGAUGGUAUCAAGAGUAUUGUGCGGGAGCAUGUUUUGAAGUCAUCAUACCCUAAGGAAACCGCGCCGGUGUACGCCGGUGCAUAUUGCUACAGGGCUGUCAUUCCCAUGUCAGAAGCAUACUCGAUUCUGGGCGAUCUCACAGAUGUCGCCAAAUUCUACUUUGGCCACAAGCGCAGCGCCGUCACAUAUCGCAUCACCGGAGGCGAAGAAUUCAACUUCCUUUUUUGCGUAGCUGACGACAAGCCUUGGACAGUGGAGAGAGCAGUAACGAUGAAGACAACACACGAGGAUAUGAUGGAUGACUUCAGAGGCUCAGGCGUGGAUGCACGCUUCAUCAAACUACUCGCGAAGGCACAACCUGUCAAAUGGGGCUUCUUCCAUCAUUGGCGCACAUCAACCUACAACAGAGGUCGGGUCGCUCUUCUCGGCGACGCGGCACAUGCUUCUCUGCCGUUCCAAGCUGCAGGUGCUGCUCAAGGUCUGGAAGAUGCUUUGGUGUUGUCGAAUGUGCUCGCAAAAAUCACCGGCGUACACGAGACGCCUUCAAACCUGACACCAUAUAUCCAUAUAGGUCUCGAUGCUUAUGACUCUGUACGACGUCCUCGAGCUCAACGGCAGUUGGAACAGGCUGCGGAAGUCGGACAGAUGAUAUUCUUCCAGCACGAGGAGGCGGGGUCUGACAUGACAAAGAUACUACCCAGACUGCAACAAGGACGGUUUGACUGGCUAUGGUUUCAUGACAUGAACGAAGACGUUGUCAAGGCUCUAGGUCAGAUGGAGCAAAAUACUCCAAAGCGGAUGGAAGCUAGUCUCUAA